AUGGCGAUCAAUUUUUCUGCCUCAUUUGCGGCGUGUCUGGCAGCGGGUCUGAAGGUGCCGCGACAGAUCAUGUACUGCAUCUCGCAGGACACGGCCCCGUACGUGCUGUACAAGGAUUCGCAGGAAGCGGCCGAGCGUGGGGCAGCCGCAGCUGCCGCCGUCCAGUGGGGGAAUGCCGAGGGACCGGCCAUCUACCAGCAGAACGCUCAGAACCACCUGCAGGCACACAUGAACGGUGCGGCAACGCAGCAACAGCUUGUCGCUGCAGCAGCUGCCGCCGCAGCCCAGCACCACCAGCAACAGCAGCAGCAGCACCAUCAGCAAACCUCCGCCAAUCAUAGUCCCCCGAAUCAGGACAAUAGGCCACAGCAACCGGGUGAACAAGCGAAUGGUCAUCUACACAGCCCGGCCACUAGUCCGUAUCCUGCGAAUAACGGUCCAGACAUUGAGGAAGAUUUGAUCAAGGUACAAAGCAUGCAACAAGCCGUUCAGCACCAGCAGCAGCAGCCGAACGGACAGCAACAGUUGGUCCAGCAGCAGCAGCAGCAGCAGGGUGGCAACAACUCGUCCGGGAACCACCCGAACGACCCGAACCAGCAGGGCAACCAAUCGGCACCCGGUACCGCCGGUGGUGGUAACGGUGGUGGGGGUGGUGGCGGUGGAGGGCCUCCCGGACCGCCCGGGUGCUUCGGGAACGAGGCUUCCCAGGCCGAGCUAAACUACUACGCACAGCGGCAUCACGCCGGACCGCAGGGCGCCAUGUUACCACCGCCGGGCUUUGCACCGCUCCAUCACUAUCUCAACAAAACGGGCGUACUGCCGGUGGGCAUGCCGACCGGGCUCGAUCAAUCCGGCGCCCUGGAGCAGUACGGCAUGCCCGAUCUGCUCCACGGAGGUGGUGGUGGUGGCGGUGGUGGAGCUGGUGCGACCGCACCGGGCGGUGCUCCCGGUGGUGCGGCCAACAAUCAGCAGCUGCACCACUCGCCAACGAACGGUGUCGCACCGGGUCCGAACGGUGGCAACGCGGGCAAUGCCGGCACCGGCACCGGCACCGGUCACUCCAAGUCGAAAAACUCCGACCUGCGGCUGUUCAAGUGUUUGACGUGCGGGAAAGACUUCAAGCAGAAGAGUACCCUGCUGCAGCACGAGCGCAUCCACACCGAUUCGCGCCCGUACGGUUGCCCCGAGUGUGGGAAACGGUUCCGGCAGCAAUCACACCUGACGCAGCACCUGCGGAUACACGCGAACGAAAAGCCGUUCAGCUGCGCGUACUGUCCGCGCAGCUUCCGGCAGCGGGCCAUCCUGAACCAGCACAUCCGCAUUCACUCAGGUGAUAAGCCGUUCGGAUGCCCGUAUCCGGAAUGCGGCAAAAAAUUUCGACAAAAGGCCAUAUUGAACCAACAUGUGCGCACCCAUCAAGAUGUGUCUCCGCAUUUGAUCUUCAAGAACGGUCCGCACGCUACGCUCUGGCCCCAGGAUGUGCCGUACCCGCCGGAGCUGGAGAACGCCCAGCCGAAGGAUGAGCAAGCGUUCGGCGACGAAGCGUCGCAGGGUGGCGGGGAAUCGCGCGGUUGCUUCUCGCCGGACAACUAUCCGGCCUACUUCAAGGACGGCAAGGGCGUGAACCAUUCGAUCUUCGGCAACAAUCUGCAGUAUCUGAACAAGGCCACCGGUGGCAAGGCGAUACUGCCGGAUGUGAUCCAGCACGGCCGUUCGGCUGGAAUGCCCCUGUACGUGCGCUGUCCCAUCUGCCAGAAGGAGUUCAAGCAGAAGAGCACGCUGCUCCAGCACGGUUGCAUACACAUCGAGUCACGGCCCUACCCGUGCCCGGAGUGUGGCAAGCGGUUCCGGCAGCAGUCACACCUGACGCAGCAUCUGCGCAUCCACACGAACGAGAAACCGUUCGGCUGUAUGUACUGUCCACGGUUCUUCCGGCAGCGCACGAUCCUGAACCAGCACAUUCGUAUACAUACGGGCGAGAAACCGUACCGGUGCGGACAAUGUGGCAAAGACUUCCGGCAGAAAGCAAUUCUCGAUCAGCACACCCGAACGCACCAGGUAGGCGACCGACCAUUCUGCUGUCCAAUGCCCAACUGUAGGCGACGCUUCGGCACCGAACAGGAGGUUAAGAAACAUAUCGAUAACCACAUGAACCCGCACUCGUCCAAAUCACGCAAGCUGGCAUCCAUGGCUGCCCUCAACAACAACAAUAACAACAACAACAACAACAACAAUAACAACAACAAUACUACCAGCAGUAACAACAAUAACGAUAACAGCGACGCCGCACGGAACGCAGGCACGGCGGCAAACGGAAACAACGCCAAUGGCAACAACAGCGCCGCCAACAACAAUAACAAUAAUAACAACAACAACAACAACAACAACAACAAUAACAACAACGGCAUAAUCGAGCAGAAGGUAUCGCCAUCGUUUUUGAUGGAUAAGCAGAACCAGCUGAUCCAGCGUAUGGGUACACCGGUGAAACAUGAGCUGUACUUUCCGCAGUGUUACGGACCGCCGUUUAAUCAAUCGUUCGUAGCGGGUGCGGCCGCCGUAGCGGCGGCCAACGCCAAUGGGCAGGCGGCUGCGGCCGCCGCCGCAGCCGCUGCCGCCGCCGCCGCUGCCUCGGUCACCCCGAACGUGGGUGGUCCGCCCCAGCAGCCGAGCGGGGGUGGGCCGGGUAAUGCACCUCCGCCACCACCCCACGGAACCGGACCGAACGGCGGUGGUCCACCGGUGUCCGUGCCGCCGCCCGUGUCGGCAGCCACCGCCGCAGCCGUAGCGGCCGCGAUUGUGGCCGCCCCGAUACCGCAGGCCGUCGUGGCACAGUGA